CUCCAUGCUCAGUCUCAGUUUUGUGCAGCGACUUUUUGUGUGUGCGUUUUGCGAUUUUACAAAUUUCUUCGGUUUUUUGGUUGAGUCGGCUGCUGUUAUAAACUUUUCCGUUCAUUUCCAAAAAUAUCUAAAUAAAAUAUUCAAUCAUAUUUAAUAAACAACUAAAUAAGAAAUCUCUCUUCAAUAACAAUGAAAAAAACAAAACCUAUCCUCUAUGAUCCUUUGAUCAUUAAUCGUGUAAAACAGUAUUUGGAGGAAAAUGUUCAUCAGACUUAUCUGGAUGUCGGUGUUAUGGCUAAGUCCUUACAAGAUCGUUAUCCAGAGUACAGUCGACGGAAAAUUGCUCCAUUUCGUUCGCUAGUUGAACAAGCCUACAAGGUCGUGUCACAAAGUUACGGCCUUGAUGUUAGUCCACCCAGUCCGGAUUCAGGUUCCGAUUUGGAAGUAAUGGAUGAAGCACCAAUUGCACCGAAUUCGAUGAACAACAUGCUUACAAAUCUCUAUGCCAAAAAAACUAAUCCUAAAGACAAUAGUAUGAGUGGCAAUUCUGCUGGAGGAGGUGGCGGCGGCGGUGGACAGCAAGGCGGAAACAACAAUGAACUCAUCGAUAUCAGCAGUGAUGAUGGUUCUGACGAUGAAAAAGCCACUAAUGGAAAGUCAAAGGCUCCUUCCGAUAAUGUGGUCGAUGUAGUACUUAAAUACGGCGAAUUGUCAUGCAAAAAAGUUGGCAACCAAUCAGAUGGUCAAUCAACACCACCAAAUGAUUCAGUAGCAACAAAACGUUCGGCAACGCCUACAUCUUUGUCGAAGAAGCGCAGACGCGACAGAUCACAGUCGCCAAACAAAAAUGAUCAAAAAGAAGAAGCUAAAGUAUUGGGCAAAACAGCGAACCGGUCGAACAGCAAUGAUGCCCCUAAUGCUAAUGCUGCAGGAGCUAGUGCCGACCAGUUUAUGUCAAUGCUGCGUCAACGUAAAUACAAAAAGGAACUGCGCCCAAUUAAGACCAGACAGAGCUUCCAAGAGGUCGGUGGCAUGGAGAACGUUUUGAAGGAAUUGUGCGAGAUAUUGAUGCACAUUAAGCAACCUGAUAUAUAUUUCAUGCUUGGACUUAUGCCACCUCGUGGUCUACUCUUGCACGGACCCUCAGGAUGUGGUAAGACUCUUCUAGCUCAUGCUAUUGCUGGGCAACUUUCAUUACUGAUGCUUGAAGUUGCUGCAACCGAAUUAAUUGCCGGAGUUUCGGGUGAAUCCGAAGAGCGAAUUCGGGAUAUCUUCGAACAGGCAGUUUUAUGUGCCCCUUGUGUUCUCUUCAUUGACGAAAUCGAUGCAAUUUCAUCGAAUCGUUCCAAUGCCCAACGAGACAUGGAAAGAAGAAUUGUCUCGCAAUUGAUAGCCUGCAUGGACGGCCUGAAGACAAGCGAACGAGGACAAUCAGUAUUGGUUAUAGGAGCCACAACACGCCCUGACGUCCUCGAUCCGGCUUUGCGACGUGUUUCCAGAUUUGACCAUGAAAUAGCAAUUGGCAUACCCAGUCGCAAGGACCGUCGAGAAAUUCUGCAAAUAAUUUGCGACGGUCUGUCCAUUCACCCAAAAAUGGAUUUCGAAAAAAUUGCCGAACUCACACCUGGGUAUGUGGGUGCAGAUUUGUUGGCUCUAGUUUCACGAGCUGCCACAAUCGCUGUAAAGAGAGAAUGUUCCCAACAAAUGAAGGAAUUGCAAAUGAAGAACCAGAGGAACAUAACCAUUGUGGAUCUGAUCGAUGAAGCUCAGGUGGAAGAUGGCGAUGCUGCUGCUGCCAACAAAAGUCUUAAAGAAAAAUCUUCAACUACUGAUGAAUCCAUGAAAGAGGCUGACAAAUCCAAAGCAGACGAAUCGGAGGCUACUGCUGCCGAAAGUACGUCUAAGGAUGCUGCUUCUGAAGAUGAAGAAAAAGACAAAUCCAAAUCAGAGCCAACAACUUCCACAACAGACGAAAAAGAAGCAGACAAGAGCGUGAGCGCGGACGCGGAGGUUGAUUCAGCCAAGAAGGCCGACGCUAAAGAAUCCUCUGCCGCCGAAAAUGAGGAAAAGAUGGAAGUUGAAGAGGACGAGGGCGAGGGCGAAGCUGUGAAACCUGCGGAUGAAUCCAUAGCCGACAAAUCUGUUUCCAUCGAGGAGCCCAUCGAUGUGGACGAAAUCCCCGAGAACAAAGAACGCAUAUCCACAGAUUCUCUACCUGAACCGACACUUUUCGAAAUGAUCAACAUGUUGGACAAUUCGUGCAUCGAUAUUCAAGAGAUGUCAGACUUUUGCAUUACUUUGGAGGACUUCAAAGAGGCAGUGAAGGUUAUUCAGCCCUCAGCAAAGCGAGAAGGAUUUAUCACAGUUCCAGACGUAACUUGGGAUGAUGUGGGCUCGCUGCGAGACAUUCGGGAGGAACUCAAAUUGGCUGUUUUGGCACCAGUUAAAUUCCCCGAGAAGUUGGCCAAGUUGGGACUCACAGCGCCAUCGGGUGUUUUGCUCUGUGGACCACCAGGUUGUGGUAAGACGCUCCUUGCCAAGGCUAUUGCCAAUGAGGCUGGCAUUAAUUUCAUAUCGGUCAAGGGACCUGAAAUGAUGAAUAUGUAUGUUGGUGAGAGUGAGCGAGCUGUAAGGGCUUGCUUCCAGCGUGCGAGGAACUCAGCUCCUUGUGUCAUAUUCUUCGAUGAAUUUGACUCCCUAUGUCCGAAGCGAUCGGACAAUCACGACAGCGGCUCAGGAACUCGUAUCGUCAAUCAGUUGCUCACAGAGAUGGAUGGUGUUGAGGAUAGGAAGGGUGUAUAUAUCCUGGCUGCAACAAACAGACCUGACAUCAUUGAUCCCGCAAUUUUACGUCCCGGUCGUUUGGACACAAUUUUAUAUGUAGGACUGCCACAACAGCAAGACCGUGUCGAAAUACUCACAGCCCUUACAAAGAAUCGCACCAAGCCUGCUCUUGCCGAAGACAUCGACUUCAAUGAACUAGCAGCUAAAACUCAGGAUUACACAGGUGCCGAUUUGGCUGGCCUUGUCAGACAGGCAUCUAUGUUGGCUCUCAAAGAGUCCAUAAACGAUCCAGAUAUUCUCUUGGAUGACAUUUGUGUUAAAAAGGAACAUUUCACAGAAGCGAUAUCACUCUUGCGACCGUCCGUUACAGCACAGGACCGAAAAAUAUAUGAGAAACUAAAGGAGAAAUAUGCGGCACCUCGAGCAACAACUGCAAAGAAAUAGUUAACUGCUUGAAAGAGCGUAAUUUUAAAACAAAAAUAAACCACCUUUAAUUUAGGUUUACCGUCGUUGCAUCUCAUUCCCAUUUCUACUUUUUUUUCUUUAAAAUAAUAUAAAAUAAAAAAACAUAAAACAAAACAAAGCAACCAAUAGUACACUAUUAAGUUAAAUUCGAUAAAACAGGUUCGUUUUUUAAGUUCUUCAUAAACAUUCAAAGGAACUGCUGAAAAAAGUAAACAAAAGAAACAAAAAAUAAAAGCAAAUAUAAAAUAAUAAUUAAUACAUACUUACACACCCAUUAGUACUUUAAUAAUAUGUUAAAACUAUGUAUUUCCCUUUUUUCAGUAUAAAUUAUAUUAUUAAAUUGGA